AUGCCCGUUAUGACUCGCAGACAGCCGAGUUUUCUGUCACUCGUCUACAGUAGUAUCAAUGAAUCUGUCAUGCCUGUGGUUCUGAGUGUAGGAAUUCUGGGGAAUUUAUUACUGGUCUUCACUUUCAUGUUAACACCGCUCCGCGCAAGCGCCCUGUGCCAUUACCUGACAGCUGUUGCAGUCUCUGACUUCAUCUACCUGCUGUCAAGUCUCGCUGUUUGGAUAACCAGCAGAGGUAUCAACUUACAAAACACCAUGGGUGUUUGUCAGAUCACCAUGUUUUCACUGAUGCUUUUCGGCUUUUUGAAGACUUGGUAUCUUUUUGCUGCCCAUGCUGAAAGAUUGGUGGUACAUUUCGGUUCAACGCGGGCUUUGAAAUGGUGCACAACUUUCAGAACAAAAUGUAUAAUAAUUGCCAUUUUCGUGUUUUCAUUGGUGGGAUAUUCUCAUCAUAUGUGGAUAUAUAUCGUCAUCGAAUGGAACGGUAUCAGUUCGUGUCUUCUGAUGCCAGAAAGUCGAAAGCAUAUGGCGGAACUUGGCAAAGUUGAGGUCAUUUUUGCCUUAUUUCUUCCAAUGCUACUAAUUGUGAUGAUCGAUUUUGCCCUAUUUGUCCGCAUGGCAAUAAAAGGCAGCAAGCACUUUUUCCGGCCGGACAAUUGUCACAAAACUAAAGAUUUUUCACAGUCACCAUCCACCAGGUCGGGUGAUUCCAUUCCGCCUCCACCUGAAUUCGACAUUUCAAGGGAAAGAACUCGAGCUACAGUUUUAGUCGUGGUCACAGGGCUGAUCUUUCUAGGGAUCAUUCUACCAUCUUCCAUUUAUCGCGCCAAACAAUAUUUCAAAUCCCUGGCGAUGCCCUCACUUAAGGACAGAGACAUUAUGAUGCUAGCGGAGCUGAUCGUUAACUUCAACAGUGUCUACAAGAUCUUUCUCUACCCCAUGAUUUUGAAAAGUUUUAGAAGAGGACUGAUUUAUUUCUUCAGACAUGGAUUUUGCGAGAAGAAAAUUGAAGAGCCACAUCAAGAAACUUCCGUUUGA